CCUCCUGCCUGUCGGUGGUCUGCCAACCUCUACCUGUUGCAUUGAUCUACCCUUCUUCUUUAUUCCACUAUCCUUCUACCACCCACCGGCACGUCUAUCCUAUAGACCACACUCAAGCAACAUAAUGCAUGUCCACGACACCCUGCCUGGCUCAUCAUCCGGGUCGGAUCUGGAAACCUUCAAUCACGAGCCUAAGAAGUCCGCCCACCAUGAUCCCGAGAUAUGUGUCAAUCAUGCAUCGGAGAUAGCCGUCAACCACGGGCUCGAGAAGCCCGGCCCGAUCAGCAUUCGCGAACGGUUGCGCCAUUUCACCUGGGCCUGGUACACCUUGACCAUGAGUUGCGGUGGUCUGGCCCUCCUGAUUGUCAACCAACCCCAUGACUUCAAGGGAUUGAAGGACAUUGCUCGGGUGGUCUACUGCCUGAAUAUCUUCUUUUUCACUGUCGUCACUUCUCUCAUGGUCACCCGGUUCGUCAUGCACAACAACUGCCUGGACUCCCUCCGUCAUGACCGAGAGGGACUCUUCUUCCCGACCUUCUGGCUCUCCAUCGCAACCAUGAUCACGGGUCUGUACAAGUGCUUUGGUGAUGAUAACUCGAAGAAAUUCACCGUCUGCCUUGAGGUCCUCUUCUGGCUGUAUACUGGCUGCACUUUGAUCGCCGCCGUCGCUCAGUAUUCCUUUGUCUUCCAGGCCCACCAGUACCAUUUGCAUAGCAUGAUGCCUUCGUGGAUCUUGCCGGCCUUCCCGGUCAUGCUCAGUGGUACUAUUGCCUCGGUCAUUGGAUCGGGCCAGCCUCCCGAGUCUGGCAUUCCUAUCGUUGUUGCUGGCACUACUUUCCAGGGACUCGGUUUCUCCAUCAGUUUCAUGAUGUACGCUCACUACAUUGGACGCCUGAUGGAGGUCGGCUUGCCUUCCCCCGAACACAGACCCGGCAUGUUUAUUUGCGUUGGUCCCCCCGCCUUCACUGCCCUGGCGUUGGUUGGUAUGGCCAAAGCGCUUCCUAACGACUUCUCUCUUAACGGGGAUCCCAAUGCGGUUAUUGACGGCGAGGUGAUGCUGUUCCUCGCUACGAGUGUGGCCAUCUUCCUUUGGGCCUUGAGUUUCUGGUUCUUCUGCAUUGCUGUCGUUGCCGUCAUCCGCUCCCCGCCCACUUCUUUCCACCUGAACUGGUUUGCCAUGGUCUUCCCCAACACGGGAUUCACCCUCGCCACCAUUACUCUAGCCAACCAAUUCGAUAGCGCCGGAGUAAAGGGCGUGGCCACCGCCAUGUCGCUCUGCGUGAUUAUCAUGUUCAUCUACGUCCUGAUCAGCGCGGGCGUGGCUGUUAUCCGGAAGGACAUCAUGUACCCGGGUAGAGACGAGGAUGUGUCUGAAUGACCUCCUCGCUCGCCGUUUCCUGUUUUCUUUCUCUCGUCUUAGCCUCACCAUCUUUGGUUUUCUGUUACACUUGCAUCUAGCGUUGGAUUACUUUGAAUGAUCAUAUGCAUACAUAUGUUGAGCGACUUGUGUCUUUUCAUAUCUACAUUGGAGUUUUUGGAGGCAUACUAGAUAUAGAAUAGAUUUCCUACGUUCUCAAGAUACCAGUAUCAUUCAUUUCCUUGUGCCUGAAACUUGCCACCAACCUUGCCCACUGUGUGGGUUGAUCCUUGUUGUAGCCUCAUCCCCACCCGGGUGACAUCAACGGGCCCCUUCAUGCCACCACGACGCUGGCGAUCACAUUGCCUGACACCAGAGUGGCAUGAUUCCGUUCACUUCUCUGACCGUUGAC